AUGGCCUCCAACAAGGAUGUCUGCAAAGGCGUGCUUGAUUCUUACCUAUACUACCCCCUCAACCUCAUCGACCGUCUCGACCAUGGCAGUGGACGUGCCCUCCGAAGCGGCAACAACGCAGCAGAACAUCCCAAGGCCGCGCCAGGAGGAAAGGACGACAAGAAGAAAGACAAAAAGGAUAUACGCAGCCUCAUGAAGGAAAUGGACAAACUCACGGACUCGGAGCUUCUUCGGGCUGCGAGAGAAGACCAAAAAGGACUCAAGGAGGGAACUCACUCGUAUUCUUGA